AUGAACAGUAAAUUGGGUGUAAGGUGUAAGAAAGGGUGUAGGAAUAGCAAACCUGUAAUAGUAUUUCUGUUGUCUCAAACAUUUUUGACGAUGUUAUGCCACUUUAAAUUUGGGGUCUUCUUGUUUUAUGCUUUCUGGGUUGCGGUGAUGACUUUAUUUAUUAUCUUCUUCUUGCCUGAGACUAAAGGAAUUUCUUUGGAUUCAAUGUAUACUAUAUGGGGUAAACAUUGGUUUUGGUAUCGGUUUGUUGAAGGCGAAAAUGGAGAAGAAAAUCAUCCAUGA